CAGGUUGUGAAGGAAUCGCAGGUGGAUGAGAUUCGAUUGGUGACCGGGUCCGCUGAGUCCGCAGCACUCAGACUACGUGUUCCUCUGCAGCAGGUGCAGGCCCAGCAGUCACCAUUUCUGAUAACUUCCACAUGGAUUCUGAUGGCAGUGACUCUUCAGACUCUGAGUCUGAUCUCCUGUUGGGCUUUCUGGACAGUCUGGACCCAGAGAUGUUUCUCAAAUGUGCUGACUCAGAGUCAACGUGCCUGGAAAAGCUGGAGGAAGAGAUCUGUGGAGAAACAAAUUCCAUACCAACCUCCCCCUCUCCCUCUUUGGGGUCCCCAUCAGCUAAGCUGGAGGCCAUUAAUGAACUGAUAAGGUUUGAUCAUGUAUACACAAAGCCCCUAAUAUUGGAGAUUCCUGUUAAAACAGGCAGCCAAACCAAUAUGCUAGUGAAAAUAGAGGAAGUAUCUAUCUCUCCAUCUGAAGACAAAGCUAUCCCUGAGGUCCCAGUAUCUGUGAAAGAGGAACCUGUAGACAGCUUCAUGCCUCAACUGGGCAUCUCUCAUCUGCUUCCCUCUCAUCAUAGCCUUGCAGCCUCAAGCUAUCUGUUGGAUGCCUGUAGUGACUCUGGAUAUGAUGGAUCCUUGUCACCCUUCAGUGACAUGUCCUCUCCACUUGACACUGACCAUGCUUGGGAGGAUAGCUUUGCCAAUGAACUCUUGGGGAGGGGAAUGUAUCUUGGCCUUGCAGAAUUUGAAACUAGAAAUUUUAAGAGAUUAGGUCUUGUGGUGUCUUGUCCUUUCAACACCUUAACGCACCAAUCCAGCAGCACUUCCAUGGUGUAUGAGCUGAUCCCAAUUGUAGAUGAAGUGGAAUUUUUGGCAAUAGAUGCUAUCUCCCUUGAGAUAUCUCAGGUUAUUGAGGAUUUUUCUCAGUCCGGUUUCACCUCUGUGAUGUUUAGCAUUAAAACUGCAUUUUCUGUGCACCUGGACAAGCUGCUGUGA